AUGUCACUCUGUGCCGUCCCGUUAGCCGUGCUGGGAGGCUCGGAUGCGAUAUCCACUGCCCACUGCCAGCCCUUGGGCACUGGCACCGGAAUUUUCACUGUCACUGCCACUGCCACUACCCUACGCAGCCGGACCAGACUCUACGGACCGAAACGGCGAUUCGACUACGGGAUUACCUACCAACCUAGUAGGCAGAGUAUAUACGUAUGUGUAUUAUGUCUAGAGAAGGGAGGCUGUAGCCUCGAGCCUAGGAAAGAGGCGAAAGCCUGUGCCAACGAUGACAACUUUUUUGCUCCCACCCAUGUCACGCUGUGCCGUCCCGUGGGCCGUGCUGAGCGACUCGCAUACGACAUCCCACUGCUAGCCCUUGGGUAUUCUGCUGCUGCUGCUGCGUUCCCACCACUGCUCACACGCGCCCGUCUCCGACCGAUCUCCCACCGGGCCACCGGUCCCACAGCUCCUGCCACCGACCACUCAGCGCCGCCUACUCUCGACCGCUCCGUGGUCCAUAUAUCUCGAUCACGUCCUAUGCUACAGACAGCGGAAACCAGCCUGGGCCGUCUGCUCGACGAGGAAAAGCUCUUCGUUUCUGUCGAUAACCAGGCCUCGCAAGCCCGCGGGUGCUGGACAGUGGACAGUGGUACCAGGCUGCUCUGGUCGGCGUGCUCCAACACCUCCCAGCAAGCACGCGCUUUUCCAACGGCGAAUCCCUGUCCUCUGGAGGCCACAAUCCAGCCCGGAGCCGGAUCGGAUUCCGCACUGUUGAAGUAUCAGCGGUCAGCGGCUGCAGCGGACCGUGAGCGAGUGAGUGGCACCCGCAUCCGCAUCCGCAUCCGCAUCCGCAUCCGCAUCCGCAUCCGCAUCCGCCCCUCCGCAUCCGCCCCUCAGCAUCUGCCCCUCCACGCGCCGUCGUCGGCUCCUACAUAA